ACGAAAAGCUAGCUGGAUCGCUGCUGACCCACUCCGUAUGAGACCCAAGAUGAUGAGGCCCAAAGACCCGCCAAAUCACUUCACCAUCUCAACAUAUGAGGAGUGGAUAAGACGAUACUUUCACACACUGCACCACACACACAAAGGCCAAGAACCAGAACCAGAAGCAAUGUCUGAAAACCCAAAAAUACGUUUCGGCAUAUUAGGAUGUGCGGACAUAGCUAGAAAGGUAGCUCGCGCCAUAAACCUGGCACCCAAUUCGACCCUGUACGCCAUUGCGAGCCGCUCCAUCGAGAAAGCCCACAAAUUCGCAGCCAACAAUGGACUGUCCACUCAGACCCUCAACGUCUACGGCAGCUAUGAUCAGCUUCUCGAUGACCCAUGUGUCGAUGCUGUGUACGUGCCUCUGCCCACUAGUCUUCACCUUCACUGGGCUGUCUUGGCUGCCCGCAAGAAGAAGCACUUGCUCUUGGAAAAACCAGCGGCUCUUGAUGUGGGUGAGCUUGAUCAGAUACUCCAAGCUUGCCAAUCCAACGGUGUACAGUUCAUGAGUGGGAGUAUGUGGCUGCAUCACCCUAGGACUGCCAAAUUGAAGGACUUGAUCUCUGAUUCCAAGCUCUUUGGUCAAAUCAACUACAUUCAUAGCUCAUCAACACUUCCAGGAACCAAGGAAUUUUUUGAGAACAACAUAAGAGUGAAACCAGAUUUAGAUGCUCUCGGUGCGCUUGGGGCCCUAGGCUGGUACUGCAUUGAAGCCAUUUUGUGGGCUAAGGACUACCAACUACCAACUAUAGUCACUGCUCUACCAGAUGUCACAAAAAACUCUGCAGGGGUCAUCUUGUCUUUCACUGCAUCAAUUCAAUGGGAACCACUGGACCCAACUGUUGCAACAAUUCACUGUUCUUUCCUCUCCCACACAUCCAUGGACUUGGCUAUAUCUGCUUCUAAUGGUACAGUGCGUUGCAAUGACUACAUCAUUCCAUAUGCUGAGAACUAUUCUUCAUUUGAAUUCACAACCGGUGCAAAGUUUGCGGAACUCCACAUUGGGUGGAGUGUAGUACCUGAAGAAGUUAGAGUGGUUUCUCAGCUGCCUCAAGAGGCCUUGAUGGUUCAAGAGCUCUCAAGGCUUGCCGAGGGCAUCAGGGAAUUUGGGUGUAAUCCGGACCAAAAAUGGCCACAAAUCAGCAGAAAUACACAAUUAGUAUUGGAUGCAGUGAAGAAAUCCAUUGAUCUUGGUUUUGAACCUGUUAGGGUGUUAUUUUGAUGGAUUUGAUUACCUCAUGCUCCACAAACAAGUACAUACAUUGAGCUGUAAAUAUGUCAUAUGUUACAUUAGAUAGAUUUGAUUAAUCUUGAAGGUUGUCAAAUCUGGAUGUUCCUCGAAUAAAUUAAGCAGAUAUAAAUCUUCUUUGCAA